CAAGAUCGUGCACAUGCUUCUGAGCGCGCAUGCCCGCACCAACGUCUACAACUACGAACGCAACACGCCACUGCUCAUCGCAGCCAUCAACGGCCACAUCGAGCCCCUUCGUGCGCUGCUCAAGUACGACGCCGACGUCGACUUGCCCAACGACGAUGGCUGGACGCCGCUGCUGUGUGCGUGCGACUACGGCCAUGUCGACUGUGUCAAGCAGCUGCUGGCCGCGAACGCGACCGUCACCGCUGUCACCUCGAAUGGGUCGACGGCCCUCUUGCUCGCAACGAAGAAGGGCAACACGGACAUUGUCCGUGUGCUUCUCGCGCAUCCCGAGACGGCAUUGAACGCGCGUCUCAACUCGGGCGGGAUGACGGCCGUCAUGAUCGCGGCUGCCGUCGGCAACGUCAACGUUCUGCAGCAGCUGCUGGAUGCCGACGCCGACUUUACGAUGACCAACCACACGGGGCGCACGGCGCUCAUGCUGGCGGCGGCCGAAGGCCAUACGCACAUCGUGUCCUACCUGCUUCAGCACAACGUCGCCAUCAACGUGCUCGACAAUAAUGGCGCGUCGGCGCUGACGAUGGCGACGGGCGACUGCCGCCGCCUCCUCGAGCGCGAGGUCCUUUGCCGCAUCGUGCGCGACGGCGACCUCGAGACGUUUGAAGAAAUCUUGCAAGACAACCCGGCGCUGGACCUCGAACAAACCGACGAGACAGGCACGACGCUCUUGAUGCGCGCCGCGGCCAAUGGACACCCCGAGCUCGUCAAGCUCCUUUUGGACCGCAACGCCGACAUUGACGCGGCCCAAGCAGAUGGCUGGUCGGCGCUCAUGUACGCCGCAUCCUUUGGCCAUGACGCGCUGGUGCAGCUGCUCCUUGAGAACAACGCGCAGAUCGGCGGCACGGACAAGGGCGGCAAGACGGCGUUCAUGGUCGCCAAGGACAAGGCCGCCUUUGUCAAGCUCAUUCUGGAGAAGAACGCGACGGACCUCCGCUUCAACGAAGUCAUGUUCAAAGGCGCAAUCGAGUGCGACCCCAAGCUCGGGAAGGAGAUCCUCGACGCCUUCUUGGUCGAAGAAGGUCGGUACAGCCUCAGCUUUCGCGACUUGGAUCGCAUCUAUGGCAAGGAGUCGGUCGAGAAGAGUGCGCUCUACUCGAUUCUGACGCUCGAGUCGGAAGACGACGCGCAGAACGCGGUCAAAGCGCACUGCCUUCAGCACAUCAUCAUGCGCCGCGUGCUCCAGCUCAAGUGGGAGUUUUUCGCCCAGCGCAUGUACAUUGAGCAGUGUCUCGUGUACAUUCUGCUGCUGGCGUCGUCGGUCAUCUCGGGGUGCAUCUACCAGCUGGACGAAGACCCAAACACGACCAACAUCUUCUCCCUCACGUUCUGGACCCACGCGCGCGUCACCAAGCGCCCAAGGGGCAACAAGACACACGUCGACGACGAAGGCAUCCAGACGUCGUUCAUGAUCUGGUUUGUGUUUGUCGUGUACGUCUUUGUGGCGUACGUGAUCGCCCACUUUGGACUCAAGCCCAAGCGGCUCUGGAGCCUCGCGGGCUGGUGUCGCGACGGCACGUAUCGCGGCCUCUGCGCGUUUCUCUGGCGCGGCGCGUACGUCGAGCUCAACUGGGGCGACGAGAACAUCAUGCCUGACGCGCCGCUCUGGAAAGCCUAUGCCAAGAAGGUGCUCUUCUUCCACUCGAUUUUCUGGACCGGCGUGCUCUGCCUACCUUUCCUCCUCUACCUCGGGUCGCGCACCAACGCCGAGAUGACCAAUGUCAAGGACCAGUACCAGGCGCUCAACAACAUUGUGCUGUGGGGCACGGCCUUUUACUUUUUCUACUGGGAGUACAAAGAGCUCCAAGGCUACGGCCUCCGCAAGUACAUGUCCAACGCGGUCAACGCCGUCCAGAUCCUGGUGUUCCUCCUCAUCAUGCUCGUCUACGUGCCGUGCCAGCUCGGCUUCAUUCCCGAGUCGGUCGUCGUGCGCGAGUACCAGCUCUGCAUGUCUGGCACCAUCUGCCUCGCGCUCUGGAUCCUCUCGCUGCAGUACCUCGAGGUGCACCCGACCGCCGGGUACCUUCUUCCCAUGAUGCGCGGCCUCCUCCUCGACAGCGUCCGGUUCUCGAUCCUCUACGGCGUCUUUCAAGUCGGCUUGACGUGCGCGUACUACAUUCUGCUGCAAGGCAGCGACGGCUACGAGUCGGUCCUGCACACGUUCAUCACGGUGUACUUUGUGCUCUUUGGCCAGAUCCAGACCGGACCGAUCGAUGACCUCGCGUCGACGUCGCCCGUGCUCUCGAUCUUCUCGAAGGGUCUCCUCAUGUUCCACAUGGCGAUCGCGAUCGUGCUCCUUCUCAACGUGCUCAUUGCGAUGAUGAACAACACGCUCGUCGAGGGCCUCGAGAAAGCCAAGCUCGAGGCGCUGGCCAGCUACGCCAACUGCGUCCUCCGGCUCGAACUCAGCCUCGACUCGCGCGAGCGCACCGAGAUGAUCUACGUCAUCAAGCCCAAGUUCCUCCUCGCCAAAGAGAAUGCAGUGCACCUCGACCGGUCGCUGCAGACCGGGCGCGGCAAGAGCGACGAAGCCAAGCCGCUUUUGGCGCUCAAGAAACCCAAGAAGAUGGACGCACACGUGGGCAUUCUGAACCCGGCGUUCCACGAGGUUGUGCUCAAGUCGGACUACAAGACAGGCUACGAGCAAAAGGGGUCAGCGACCGAGGAUUUCCAGGUUGACAUGCGCGCGUCCAUUGCCGCGCUCAAGAAAGACCAAGCCGCACAGCUGCAGCAGGUCAAGAGCCAGCUCAGCGACAUGGCGCGCGUCCUGCAAGAGCUCCAGACAGCCUCGUCGGUCGAGUCCGGGUCGUCCUCGAUUCAAGACUAA